GGCUCGCGGGCCGCACGUCACUCCUGCACGGCGAGUGCUGGAGCACGAGCUGCCGCUCGCUCGGUCAGGGCGCCCCCUCCGCCCGCCUCCCGCUUCCUCCUCCGCUGCCCGCCGCCGCCGCCGCCUCCGCCGCCACCAUUGUAUAAUGUUCCGAGCGCACAGGCAGAGGACGGCGGAGGCUUAGCUUCAGUCUCGCCUGCCGCCCGCUCCCCGGCGCCACCCUCGGCCCCCGGAGCCGGGCGCUCCGCAUGGAGCGGGACUAGCUGGAGGAGUGGGCUGCCCCUCCCGAUGCGCUAGUUCCCAGCGGGAGCUGCAUGUGGCUCGGAUUGCUGCCGCCAAGGCUGCUUCACUUUUGAGUUCCGUGCCCGGGUUUGCAUCCAACUUGCUCUGGCGUGUUUCUCAGUCUAUUCUGAUUUGAGUGUGCUGGGGUGUGCUGUGAGGAUGAAAAUACCCUCCUAAGAUCCCAGCUUCUGGACGAAAGAGAUGCGUAUCUUCAAUGCGGUGCAAACUCCCUUUUGGAAAUUCUGCUCUCUGUUGUGGUCUGAGGGCCCCUAAAGCUGGAAAGGCUGGUUCGUCUCCUCCCGAGAUCUCCUGUUCCUCAACUGAACUGAAUUGAAAGUACCUGCCAGGUGUCACUGAAGCAAGCACCACAACUUGAUGGAUCUCUUUAAGCAAUCGGGGAGCCCGUAGCUGUCUUCUGCACCCACUGCAGCUUUCAGUUCCAAAUGGAGUUGGCAUCGGCUGCUCUCUCAGCUGGCCUCCUCUCAGGCUUGCACACUGUGUGUCUAGAGCCGGCCCUGCCUCUGAGCAGGGGCCGCGGAGGAGCGGAGGAGCGAGGGGCCUCGCCGCCAUCAUUCACUCUGAGAUCACAGUAAGAAGAAUCGGGGCCCACUGGCCAGGGGGGCCUGAUGUAUCCGUCGGAGGAGCUGCGUUCUGUCAAGAAAAUUGAGCAGAAGACGUCUUAAUUCCACACAGUCUUCUUUCCAAUGUCAGCUGUCGGUUGCCAUCGCAGAAACGCUGUUUGUUCUUUUGUUCCUUCCUUGCUUAGACACGAAUAGGGAAGACUUCAGCCUCAGGUUUAACUGAGUAGACAGAUUCUCGGGCUUAAACAUGAAAUGACCAAUUGGGGGGGAGGAAGUCGUGGUUCCUGAGGUGCGGUUUCCUGGGCCCCACACCAGACCUGCUGAAUGAGAACCUCGGGGUGGAAGGCAGCAUUCUCUGGUAACAUGCCCCAGGUGAGUCUGUGCUCACCCACAUUCCGGAACUCAGGAGAGGCCGGCACAGGGGAGCGUGCUGAGCAGAGCCCUCCCUCUGUGCCCCGGUCCCAGGACUCCCUCAGCCGGCCCACCUCUCCUCCUCACACCCCCCCUCCCUGGCCCAGUUCACACUCAGGACCAGAGACACGCGUCUCCAACUUCGUGACCGUUCUUCUCUGGCCGUCCCGUAGUGUCUUUCCUCAUUCUUUCCAUUUACCGUUUACUUAUUCAGCAACUGUCUAGGGAGCAUCUUUGGUGGGUCAGGGACUGCCCUGUCCUGAGGAGGUGAACUGAACAGGCAGGCUGCACCCUCCUGGGGUUUACUGGUUGGGGUGGGAAAUAGACAUUAAGAGACCAUCCCACCUCAAAUACAAAUCUGCAGGCCUAUCUCCAGCAGUCUCUCCGGAUACUCCAGUCCAUAAUAAUCUCUCAGGUUCCUUACUGUGGGCGUCACUCAAAAUCUUGAAAUGCAAACCCCCAAGUAUCAGACAGCAUUACAGAUUUCUGAUGAGCUUUUCCUAAAUCACUGGGGUCAUCCCGCCGCGAUGACCAGCUGGAUCAUUCUCAUUGGAAAUGAGGUGCUUCUCACAUGGAAAUCCCUCGGAAAGCCUCUCUUCAGCUCUGGGAAUUCUGCUAAAUGCCUACAGGACUGAACGCUUUGUCAAUAUUUGAGUCCCAAGAAUUCAGUGAUUAUUUCUAGAGAAAUAUAUAUGUUGGGUAAAGGAGGAAAACGGAAGUUUGAUGAGCAUGAAGAUGGGCUGGAAGGCAAAAUCCUGUCUCCCUCCGACGGUCCGUCCAAGGUGUCUUACACCUUACAGCGCCAGACUAUCUUCAACAUUUCCCUUAUGAAGCUCUACAACCAGAGGCCCCUCACCGAGCCCAGCCUGCAGAAGACCGUCUUAAUCAACAACAUGCUGCGGCGGAUCCAGGAGGAGCUCAAGCAGGAGGGCAGCCUGCGGCCCGCCUUCACCCCGUCCUCCCAGCCCGGCGCCUCCUCGCUGAGCGGCGGCUACCGGGAGGCCCCGCCCGCCUUCAGCGCCCCCGCGCCCCCGCCCGCGCACCCCGGGGACCUGGCCAGCACUACACCCCUGGAGGCCUGCCUCACCCCGGCCUCGCUGCUCGAGGACGACGACGACACUUUUUGCACUUCCCCGGCCGCCCCGCCGCCGCCCGCGGCCCCCCCCAGACUCCCCUCCCCGGCCCUCCCGCCCGAGAAGGACAGCUUCUCCUCCGCCUUGGACGAGAUCGAGGAGCUCUGUCCCACAUCUACCUCCGCCGCCGGGGCCGCCACUGACAGCUCCAAAGGGGGCGCCAGCGAGGCCAGCGCCCCGAAACCCGAGGGGCUCCCCGACGGCCGCCCCGACGACCCCAAACUGAUGGACUCUCUGCCCGGGAAUUUCGAGGUCACCACGUCCACGGGGUUUCUGACGGACCUGACCCUGGAUGACAUCCUGUUCGCCGACAUUGACACGUCCAUGUAUGAUUUCGACCCCUGCACCUCCGCCUCGGGCACAGCCGCGAAGAUGGCCCCCGUGUCGGCGGACGACCUCCUCAAGACCCUCGCCCCCUACAGCAGCCAGCCCGUCGCCCCGAGUCAGCCUUUCAAAAUGGACCUCACGGAGCUGGACCACAUCAUGGAGGCUAAUUAUCAACUCAGGAGAGCAGUGGGAAACAGAUCAAAUUGCUCUUGUUCUCCUACAAGCAACCUCCACCAGGACACCUUGUACUGCUGCAGAUGUGUCAUUUCCUGUGAUGGGACCAGGGACCAUAUACAGGUGAGGGGAGGGUUGUUGUAAAUGCUUCCAGUGUUGCUGUGCCUGUCCGUUUUAAGAGCUUCCUUUUUCUGUGGAGAACAAGCCAGCCCGGAUGCCACGCUUUUGAUAACUGGAGGACCUGGUACACUCACCACAUGCUGCACACUUAUCCAUAUGUAUACGUACACAAUAGUGUUGAUUAUUCCGAACAAUAACAGGGUAAGGCGGUUGAUUUGCCGUUGUUAAAAGCUGAUUUACAGUAACUUAGAACAACUGUACUUUGGUUGGAUUAGCAAAUCGUGUGUUUAAACAAAUCCCAUAUGUUGGGCAACAGUUCAAAUAAGCACGGCGAAGUGUUGCCCAGACGUGGUCUCGGACUCUAGUAUUUGUAAGGCUGGUCUUGAAAAUCAAAACAAACAACAACAAAAAAAACGCCCCAACAUCAGGCAAACGCUUGUCAGCUCUGGACACCCUUGCCGUAAACGCUCGAUAUUCACGGUCUUCUGAGGAAGACCCGGGAAACGAGUGGCGCGGUUUAAAAAGAACAAAACCAUCAAGUGUUCCCAAAGCGAUGUCCCAGCAGGGAAGACUGUGAGCCGUGUGCGAUCUGCACGUCCCAGUCUGAGCUCGGCCUGGGGCGCGCCUCCCCCGUGCAGAGGACAUCGGGUGGCCUUCAGAGUCAGGCAGGCAGUUCGAGGUGCCUUCAUGAGAAAGACGUGCUGGGUGUGACUGGGAGAGGACACCCAUGGACAGUGAUGUGCAAUGAAGUGACAAGAUGAGAGCAGAAUAUUAAGAGCUUUGAAUUUGAAGUGAUUUUUUUUCCGUAAGUUAUUUAUUCCUUUUUUUUUUCUGUGUAAAUAUAUUUAUUUUACUGUGGAGCUCUAACAACAUCUGGAUCGUAACAUGUGCAGAAUGUAUGGUAGGAAUGUAUUCUCUGGUAGGCAUGUCAAUCUGUAUUAACAGGGGGUCCGAGGCAGACCCCCGGGUCGUCUCAUCAUAUGCCCAGUCCACAUUCAUUUGUACUCUCUUCUCCAAUGUGGGUCUAUUUGAAAUAUGCAAAAGGUAGGGGUGAGGGAUGUUUCAAUACCUCCAAAUUUUUAAAGAAAAUCAAGCAUCAAAGGGUUGAUCUUUUUAAAUGUUUUUUAGUAGCACUUUCUCUCUCCAACAGAAGGGGCAACCACACUGACACCCUUGUUCACACCACAAGGUGAGAACUAGCCAGGGCCUCCUCUACACCUCGAGUGUCUUUAUCAAUUGAGCUUUUUAUUGCCAUAGCCCCUUGGCGCGUCCCAACUGCCCUGAGGUCAAUCAAGGAAAAUUUCUUACAUAAAUAAGCUCCAAAGAGCCGAAGUAUCAACUUACGGAUCGUUUUUAAAGCUUAAAUUUAUUAACCACCUUUGUGGUAAACAAUGAAUUAUGAAUACCGCUGGGCAGCCUUCUUAAAUGACAGAUGUUUAAAAAAAAAAAAAAAAAGACUCUACCUAGUGUAGCGAUUGAUAUUUUCCAUGAAUUGUCUUAAUUUAAAAACCUUGCUGUUACAAAUUGGGCCUUCCUACAUUUUAUGAAAAUACCGAAAAGAGCAUAUUGGACCUAUUCUGGCUGUAAAUGGUUAACUUCCUGUAAUUGCGGGCGAACAGCGAGGUGUAUGUUCCUGCUUGUGUACCGUUGUCUUCAGUGCUUCUAAGAAUGAGUCUAAAUGUUUCUUGAAAAUUAGCCAGGAUCAAAUGCUAUUGCAGACAAAGCCAAUAAAAACCUUGGACAUCUUUUGGGGAUAAUAAGUUUGGAAGAGAAGUGCAGUCCAUGCAAGCAAACAACCAAGAUUUUGGAAAUGAUGUACAUAGCGACAUUUGGUGCAUAGUUUUUAAGGAGGAUUUUGUCUAAAGAGGAAGUGUAACCUUUCCCCCACAGACCUGAGAGCUGUGCCUUUUCUAUGCAAUAUUACAGACGUUACAUUGGAACCCCGAUGGCUGUAUUCACAUGUAGGUUUGGGCUGUAAUCGAAACAACUGGACAGAGGAAAUGUACAUGGAAAUGAGCAGUCUUACUUUUGUAGUUUUAUAUUAUACAAUAAACAGUUAAAAGGUGA